CGUGUGUAUCGAGCAGGAGUUAUCUUGCAAGUACUGAGAGAUCUGGAAGAGCGAAAAACUCCGCAACAAUGGUCCUCUCAGAAGCCAACAAGCAAGCAAUACACCAUGUGGCUGCAGAAAUAAAGUUAAAUACUGCAGUUUUGGGUGCAGAUGCUUUAGCCAGGCUGUUUGAACUCCAUCCUCAAACCAAGACAUACUUCCCGAGUUUCAAGAGCUACCAUGCCGCUGAUCCAAAGGUCAUAGCUCAUGGCACCAAGGUAUUUGAGGCCUUGGUGAAGGCAACUGAACACUUGGACGACCUGCCCCAUCACCUGGACAAGCUGGCCGAGAAACAUGGUCAUGAACUCCUUGUGGAUCCUCACAACUUUGUGCUGUUUUCUGACAUCAUUGUGGUCACCCUGGCCCUUCAUCUGCCUCCGUUCACCCCUGCAACUCAUACUGCCAUCGACAAAUUCCUUGAGGAAGUUGGACAUGAAUUGAGCUCCAAGUACCGCUGAAGAUGCAGUCAAACAACUAUGGUGGAAGACAGCAAGAUCAUCAUUCGAAUCCCCACCUGCCUGUUUUCUCAAAAUGCCGACUAAUAAAAUCAUUAUUCCUUUAAAUGCAAAUAUUUUCCCACUCUUUAAUCUUUUUCACAUUGUGUCUUCCAUUAACUUUUGACAUAAUUGGUAAACUGAGUGCUCAAUAAACAUUCAUUUUCAUUAAUGCUU